AUGAUCUACGACAACAUCCUCCAGACAGUCGGUAACACACCAAUGGUCCGCAUCAAUCACCUUAAUCCAAACCCAAAGGUCCAAAUGUACGCUAAACUUGAAGGUUUCAACCCAACAGGUUCAGUUAAGGAUCGUAUCGCUCUCAAGAUGAUCGAACAAGCUGAAGCAGAAGGCAAACUCCAGCCAGGAUCCACAAUCAUCGAAGCUACAUCCGGAAACACUGGUAUCGGUCUUGCUAUGAUCGGCCGUGUUAAGGGCUACAAUGUCGUCAUCGUCAUGAGUGAAGGUGUUUCAAUCGAACGCCGCAAGAUGAUCAAGGCUUUCGGAGCUGAAAUCAUCCUUACAGACAAGAAGCUCGGCACAGAUGGCGCCAUCCGUAAGGUUGCUGAAAUUCUUAAGGAGAACCCAGGAAAGUACUUCAAUCCAAACCAAUUCUCAAACGAAUACAACAAGAUCGCUCACUACAAGACAACAGCCGAAGAAAUCUGGGCUCAGACACAAGGCAAGGUCACACACUUCGUCUCUGCUGUCGGAACAUCCGGAACACUUAUGGGUGUUGGAAAGAACCUUCGUGAGAAGAAUCCAGCCAUCAAGAUCGUUGAAGCUCAACCAACAAAGGGCCACUACAUCCAGGGUCUCAAGUCCAUGGAAGAGGCUAUUGUUCCAGCUAUUUACGAUCCAUCCCAGAUCGAUGAACACAUCCUCAUCGAAUCUGAAGCUGCUUUCGAUAAGGCACGCGAAGUUGUUGCCAAGGAAGGUAUCUUCAUCGGUAUGUCUGCUGGUGCUGCUAUGCUUGCUGCCCAGAAGGUCGCUGAAAAGCUUGAUGAAGGUGUUAUUGUUGUUCUCUUCGCUGAUAGAGGCGAGAAGUACCUUUCCACAAAGCUUUUCGAUACAGAAUAA